GCCAGAAGCUGCUCCAGCAGGCGGCGGAGCUGGCGAACGACACCGCCUUGAAGCGCAUGCUCAGCGCCACUGCCACCUCGGCAGGAGAGCUGGUGCCCGUCGUUCCCUCGCCCGUGAACGCCCCGCCUGUCGGCGCGCUCAAGAAGGAGAAGGCGCACAAGCUGGCCACCGAGUCAGCAGAGGCGUCUCGGGCUAAGAGGGCGGCGGCGGCAGCAUGUGCCAAUGCCGAGGGCGUCGGGCCCACAGGCUCAGGCGACGCCACCACCGGGCCCAACAAGCUUUUCACCACCGAGUGGGACGGGAAGUUCUCCCAGGAGGCGGGCGCCAUGGAAUGCGAGCCCGCCGACAAGGAGGCGCUCACCAGGCCCCAGACGCAGCUGGAGGAGGCGCGCUCAGACUUCCGGGGGCGCGAGGAGGAGAGCAAACGCUGGCUCAAGCAGGCCGACGAGAACGAGCGUUGCAUCACGGAGCGCAUGGCCAAGAAGCGGCAGGCCAACGACACGAGCGCCCAGCCGCCCACGGCGACGCACCAGCAGGAGGAAGCCGCCAAU